UUUAGUUAUAUUUUUUAUCGAUUAGUAGGAUUGUUGUUUAGGUCUUGUGUUUUAUUGCCACAAUGGAAGAUACUAAUUUUUCCGAGGAGAAUGGCGAGCCCAUGGCCAAAAAAAUUAAGACGGAAUGGGUUAAAAGCUAUUCUGAUAAAGCUUUCCUAAUGAUGACUAGAAUGGGAUACGAAAAAAAUAAAGGUCUUGGAAAACAAAACCAGGGUCGGCUUGAACCCAUUAUUGCUGUGCAACAGGAUGGUAGAAAAGGACUUGGUUUGAAAGCAGACGAAUGUCAGAUUUCUUUGGAAUCCUGGGAUAAUACAUCUGAAGUAAUAAAUCUGCCGGAAAAGUUUUCAUGGCUAACCAAUGAUUCGCUACUGGAUUGGUCGUUUGAUGUACUUAAAAGUGACAUAAUCUUAGGUGCCCCGAAGCGAACAAUAGAUGAUGAAUGUUUAUAUUGUGAUCCUAUAAUUUUAAAAAAUAUUUUAGAGGCAAAAUCAGAGUUUGACAAACUAAACGACGCCGAAUUAAGAAGAUCUCGUGCACGUUCUAAUCCAUUUGAAACAAUACGCAGCUCAAUUUUUUUGAAUAGAGCAGCAGUUAAAAUGGCUAAUAUCGAUUCUAUGUGCGAGUACAUGUUUACGAAUCCAAAAGAUAAAAAUGGUACCACAUUGCUCCAAAAUAAUGAGCUUCUCUAUUUUGCUGAUAUAUGCGCCGGUCCUGGAGGCUUUUCGGAGUAUAUACUUUACAGAAAAUCGUGGGAAGCAAAGGGAUUCGGUUUCACUUUGCGGGGCCCCAAUGAUUUCAAGCUUGAUAAAUUUUUUGCUGGCUCUCCAGAAUCAUUCCACACUUACUAUGGAAUAAGAGAUGACGGAAAUAUAUUCUUCAAAGAUAACCAGGAUUCUUUUGCAGAGUACGUUUUAAAACAUUGUAAAUCUGGCGUUCAUUUUGUAAUGGCAGAUGGCGGAUUUUCAGUUGAAGGUCAAGAAAAUAUCCAGGAAAUACUCUCAAAGCAACUAUAUCUGUGCCAGUGUCUGACAGCUCUCAAAAUACUUAGAGUUAAUGGUAGUUUUCUUUGCAAGAUGUUUGACUUAUUCACCCCUUUUAGUAUAGGACUUAUAUAUUUAAUGUAUAAAUGUUUUGAUAAAAUAUCUAUUUUGAAACCCAAUAGCAGUAGGCCUGCUAAUUCGGAGAGAUACUUAGUUUGUAAGUGGAAGAAACCAAAUACGGAUUCUAUUUGUAAAUAUUUAGAUCAUGUGAAUGAUAUAUUAAAUGAAAGCAAUGAUGAUGUUUUAGAAAUUGUAAAGAGAGAAAACAUUGUUUCUGAUCAAGCUUUUCUAGAUUAUAUUGUUAACAGUAAUAAUGAGAUUGGCCAAAAUCAAAUUGUAGGUUUAAAGAAAAUUGCUGCUUAUUGCAGAAACACACAACUUAAAGAAACAAAGCAAUCUGAAAUACGUAAACGUUGUCUAGAACUAUGGGGCCUUCCAGAUAAACUUCGACAAGCACCUGAGUCCAAGACUCCAGAAAAACUUCUUGAAGAGAUACUAGGAGAUUGGAAUGAUAAACUAUUGUUUAAUUCUCUACCAAAUGAGUUGAAUUCAACAGAACACCUUCAUAGUAAUAUUAACAGCAUAUAUGACUGGUAUUUUGUUCCAAUCGGGCGAGGUGAAACUAACGUUAAUACAUAUAGCAUGUUUCUAUGUAAGUCCAAAGGAAGCUUAUUUCGAUAUACGAGCAGCAGGAAAUGGGAACCUGUGGGACUUAUGUUUGAAGGAUCUCCAAAAUCCCUUUUUUAUGGUGAAAUCGUAUACGAAUACACCGGUGAAGGUCGUACACAAACCCGAAUAUCCGCAUUACAUAUUAUAGAUGCAAUUAUGUUGGGUGGAAUAGACAUUAGACGCCUAAAAUUGUCCGAACGCUCACGUUUAUGCCAAAAAUAUGCUCUAAGCCUUAAUAAGCCAUAUAAAGAGGGAAAUUGCUAUCCGAUUCGUAGCAAGUGUUUAUAUGGGUUAAGGGAUUUAAACAAAUUUUUUAACGACAUGAGGUCCCAUGUGUUAAAAGAUAAUUCAACGCGACUUGGAUUAUCUGUGUCCUUUGAAAACAAGUUUUUUGUUCCAGGGGGAAUCAUGUUAUUUUGCGAGAUCUCUCACAAUUUUUUUUCUAGUAUAUCUCAUUCUACGCAAAAACUGUAUUAUUUCGAUAAGCGUACAAGAACUUCUUAUUACAAAAUUGGAAUGCCGAAUGAAAUACAAAACACCUUAUAUGCUUCAUUUAGAAAUAGUUAUCAAAGACGAUUGUUAUGGAAAUGGACAAAUCUUAUGCAAGUGGAAGAACAAUGUGAGCAUAGAGAGACAAAUUUGCUAUAUCGCGAAGAUAUAACAACGUUUUUAUGCAAUAAAGAUAAAGUCUGAAAGGCAAUUUUGUUGUUUUUAUUAUUUUAACUCUUAAAACAAGAUCUAAUAUACUAUUAGUUAAUAAAUUUAGUACAAUUAAAAUUGGUGAAGAGGUGAUGUAUACCACUCCUUUUGUCAGAGGCCUUGUCCAAGAUUUGGGGAUUCUGGAUUUACCAGGUCUGAUACCACACUGACAAGGUCCAAUCAGCUCGUUGACGAUGGGCUUUAAUCUCUUAUUUCUUUAAUUUUAUUUUGGUGAAAACCUUAGUGCAUUAAGAUAACAAAAUCUCUUUAGUACAACAGCAUAGCAAAUAUUACAAACAACAUUUGUAAUUAAGUGUAACAAUAAGUAAUAAGGAGAGAAUAGAAAAGAAUAGCUGAAUAAAAUAAGUAUUAAAUAAAUAAAUGGCCAGUCUUAGUAGGUCUGGCAUUUC